UACGCCAGUUUGUGUAUUUUGGCGAGGUUGAUGACGGCAAAAUUCCUUCAUGGCGAGAUCCGGGAGAAGGGAGGAGCCUAUGGGGGCGGGGCCAGGAUGGGUGGAGGUCUUUUCUCUUUUUAUUCAUAUAGGGACCCAAACUCGGUGCAGACCUUGUCUGCGUUUCGUAAAAGUGUGGACUGGGCAAAGUCGGGACAGUUCACCCAGCAGGACAUCGAUGAAGCCAAACUGUCAGUCUUCUCAGCUGUCGACUCACCUGUGGCCCCCGCAAACAAAGGAAUGAGUCGCUUCCUGAGUGGGGUCACAGACGAGAUGAUGCAGAAUCACAGAGAAAAACUCUUUGCUGUCGAUCACAAAGGCCUGGUGGAAGUGGCUGAAAGAUACCUCGGUGUUGGUCAGAGGACGUGCGGUGUUGCUAUCCUGGGCCCAGAGAAUGAGACGAUUAAAAAAGAUCCCUCAUGGAUUGUAAAAUAAUCCAGUCAGCAGGUAUUUUAUAAUUGAUAACUGGACUUGAUAUGUACCACAGUGGCAAGACAUACUGUACUGAAAACCCAAAGACAAUGUUCUUGUUAGGAUUUUUUACAAUAGUGGCAAAAAAGCUGAAGCGCACAAUAUCAAGAGGAGGUAUGUGGACUGAAAACUUACGUUGUCUGAUUCUUCAGAUUAUUACUUCACUUUUAUAUAUUCUGUUAUGUACAUAAUAAAUAUUACAGGAUAAUAUUGAAAAAAA